AUGCGCAGCGCUUUUAAAGAGGAUCUUCAAUCAUCCCCUGCUGAGUUGGUGUAUGGCGAAACUCUUCGCCUUCCAGGUCAGUUCCUGAGUCCGAGGGAUGAUUACAAAACUGCCGAUGUCACGCAGUACGCAACCCGGCUUCGCGCGUACAUGGCCAAGCUCACCCCUCGGCCAACUUCAUGGCACGCCACUUCAUCUUUCUACAUUCCACGAGAUCUUCAGUCCAGUUCGCAUGUUUUCGUCCGGCAAGAUCGCCUUAGAACGUCAUUGGAGCCUCCAUAUGCUGGUCCAUUCAGAGUGACCAAGAGACAACCCAAGUUUUAUACUCUGGACAUCAACACAAAGGAGGUGAACGUCUCUAUAGACAGACUUAAGCCAGCAUAUGCAACACAAGAUUCAAGAGAGGCCGAGAUUCCAGACGCCAAUGAAGAAAAUGUCAGGCAGACCUCCAGCGGCAGAAUAGUGAGGUAUCCAGACUUCUACCGACCGUAG